GGGGUAGGCUGGCGUGGCGCUGGCUCCAGGGGUAUGGAGCGUCUGGCGCGGGGACAGACUGUCAGGUGGUUGCGGAGACGAAUCUUAUUCUAAGAACUCAGACACUCAGGUAUCCACCAUGGUGUUGGGUCCUGAACAGAAGACACCAGAUGAAGAUGCUUCUGGAGACCACGGGGACCCUGCCAGUCUUGGGGCCAUCAACCCUGCCUACAGUGACUCCUCUCUUCCACAGUCCCCUGGGGGGCACUCAGAGGAGCCCUUCACCACCUACUUUGAUGAGAAGAUUGCCAUUCCUGAGGAGGAGUACUCUUGUUUUAGCUUUCGUAAACUCUGGGCUUUCACGGGUCCAGGAUUUCUUAUGAGCAUUGCCUACCUGGAUCCAGGAAACAUUGAAUCUGAUUUGCAGUCUGGAGCAGUGGCUGGAUUUAAGUUGCUCUGGGUUCUUCUGAUGGCCACCAUCGUGGGGCUCCUGCUCCAGCGCCUUGCAGCUAGACUGGGAGUGGUCACUGGGCUGCAUCUUGCUGAAGUGUGUCACCGUCAGUAUCCCAGGGUUCCACGAAUUAUCCUGUGGCUGAUGGUGGAGUUGGCUAUCGUUGGCUCAGAUAUGCAAGAAGUUAUUGGCUCCGCUAUUGCCAUCAAUCUCCUCUCUGUAGGAAGGGUCCCGCUAUGGGGUGGAGUUCUUAUCACCAUUGCAGAUACCUUUGUAUUUCUCUUUUUGGACAAAUAUGGCUUGCGGAAGCUAGAAGCAUUUUUUGGUUUUCUCAUCACAAUUAUGGCCCUCACAUUUGGAUACGAGUAUGUUACAGUGAAACCCAGCCAGACCCAGGUCCUCAAAGGCAUGUUCCUGCCAUCCUGUUCAGGCUGUCAUACCUCACAGAUCGAGCAGGCUGUGGGCAUCGUGGGUGCUGUUAUCAUGCCACACAACAUGUACCUGCAUUCUGCUUUAGUCAAGUCCAGACAGGUAGACCGAGCCAAUAAGGAGGAAGUUCGGGAAGCCAAUAAGUACUUUUUCAUUGAAUCCUGCAUUGCUCUUUUUGUUUCCUUUAUCAUCAACGUCUUUGUCGUCUCAGUCUUUGCUGAAGCAUUUUUUGAGAAAACCAACAAGCAGGUGGUUGAAGUCUGUAGAAAUAUCAGCAGUCCCCAUACUCAUCUUUUUCCUGACGAUAACUCAACACUGACUGUGGACAUCUACAAAGGGGGUGUUGUGCUGGGGUGUUACUUCGGGCCUGCUGCACUCUACAUCUGGGCAGUGGGGAUCCUGGCUGCAGGACAGAGCUCCACCAUGACAGGAACCUACUCUGGCCAGUUUGUCAUGGAGGGAUUCCUGAACCUAAAGUGGUCACGCUUUGCCCGAGUGAUUCUGACCCGCUCUAUUGCCAUCAUCCCCACUCUGCUUGUUGCCGUCUUCCAAGAUGUAGAGCAUCUGACAGGGAUGAAUGACUUCCUGAAUGUUCUUCAGAGCUUACAGCUUCCCUUUGCUCUCAUACCCAUCCUCACGUUUACGAGCUUGCGGCCGGUAAUGAGUGAAUUUGCCAAUGGAAUAGGCUGGAGGAUCGCAGGCGGUAUCUUGGUCCUUAUCAUCUGUUCCAUCAACAUGUACUUUGUCAUGGUUUAUGUCCAGGAACUAGGGCAUGUGGCAUUGUAUGUGGUGGCUGCUGUGGUCAGCAUAGCUUACCUGAGCUUUGUGUUUUACUUGGGUUGGCAAUGUUUGAUUGCACUGGGCAUGUCCUUCCUGGACUGUGGGCACACGUACCUACGUCUGGGAUUGACAGUUCAGCCUGAACUCUACCUUCUGAACACCGUGGAUGCUGACUCACUUGUGUCUAGAUGACUGACAGCCUGAGAGACUCUAUAAGACCCACUUUCUCUUAGUCCUUUUGUGCCAAGUGUCCUGUUAACGUUAUCUCUGUUAGUUCAGUGGUGAGUUUUGUUCAACCAUUUUGAGCAAAAGGCAAAGAUUUCCUCAUGGGACGGGUGUUAAAAGCUGACAGCUUUAAGUGUAGGUCAGAGACCCGCAGAGUCCUGCAACUGCCAGAGUUAAAUUUUUAGCCUAUGAUGGUCACACACCCCUAUGGGCUUGUGUCUCGACUUAUGGAAUUUUAAAAAUAUAUAUGUGUGUAUGUUUAUGUAAACCUGAACAUAUCAGUUUGGGUAGAGUUUUAAGGUUAUAUAAAAAUGAUAGAUCUUUUGUAUUUUUUUAACAAAUGGUGCUCAGAUAAAUCAGAUAUUUAUUUUGUCUGGAUCGCAAGUGACAAAGGAAAAGGAGCACUGUUCUUUUUCAGAGUGAACUGGUCAAGCUGACUUACUUUUAAAGUGAUACUUGACUAUAGCCAGUUAAAUUUCACUUUGAUUUUAAUUGACCAAACCUUGGUAACUACUGAUACUAGCACAUCAUUUCCAAAGAAAACACUUCUUCUAUUUGGCAUAUUUAAUCCUGGUUGU